UUUUUUUUUUUCUUCUUGUUCUUUCCCCCUUCUUUUUGAUUGAAAAAAAUAAAUAAAUUAGAAUCUAUUGAUGAAAGAAUGGUUAAAGUAUAGAUUCAUGAUUUUAUGGCACUUUAUUCUCCUUUCUUGGUAUUGUCAAGCUCAACCAGAAUCUUCCGAUAAUAUUCUUCUUUUACUUUCUACCACUGCAUCAUCAUUACCAGAAAUUGAAACCAAUAUUAAUACAACAUCUAUCAACAGUACUAAUAGUAUUAACAGCACAUAUAUUACCAUCUAUCCUCAAAGAUGGACUAUAAUUGUUGGUAUUGUAUUUGCAUCACUGACUUUAUUACUUUUAACUAUUGGAACAGCAUUGACUCUUCAUAUGAGACAUAACAAACGAAAAUCAAAAGAACUUAAAGCACUCUAUUAUUAUAAUUCUUCUACUCUUAUACAACAUCAAAAAGAGAAAUCAUCUAUUCACCGACAUCAUCUCUUCCUGCGAAACAACAAACAACAGACAAUCAUCAUUGAUCCACAAUUUCAAUCUGCUAUUCAACAUGCAUCCAUGAUUCCUUCUUCACCUACAUUAUCACAAUAAUAAAAAUAUACAUUAGGGGUCAUUAUGUCA